UUCAAUAUGAAACUGCUUAGAAGACUGGACGCUGUGCUCUUUCUUAGUAACUUGUCUUUGCUGCUCUAGGAUUCCCCAGGAACACACUAGGACCACAUGUGUGUGUGUGUGUGAGUGUGUGAGUGUCAUUAUUGCCUGGUCUCAUUCUACCCCAGAUGGUGCUCUGCUUGGUCAUGGACUCCAGGGAGGAUGGAGAUGCCUGGAUGGAGGAGCAGUGGGAGAAAUGGCUCACUCAUGACAUGAGUCUGGAUGAGUAUGAAGAUGACGACCUGUCAGAGGUGACAGAGAUCACGGAUGAGAACGACAGCCUUCUGAGCCACAUCGACUUCGAUAUUCAGGAACACAUGAUCCGUCCAGCCAAUAGGAGCAGGGACUUGAGCCGGAGGAGGGGGGCCGUGGAGCUGCAGAAGGAGAUGCUUCAGCUGGACCUGAUAGACGCUGAGGGAGGCACCCAGGAAGAAGGAGGAGAAGACGAAGAAGAGGAGAAGGAGGAGGAGGAGGAGGAGGAGGAGAGGCCUCUGCUGCUCAUCGAUGAGCACCAAGAGGAAGAGCGGUCGCUGAUCGCCGCCAUGGAUACGUACCGGCCCAAGAGACCCACCACCCUUAAUCUGUUCCCGCAGGUACCAAGGACUCAGGACACCAUUAAUAAUAACUCUUUUGGUGAAAAAGACAGAAGAAAAGAGAAGAAGACCCAUUCAUCUUCACCUCAUAUAAAAGGGGCCCAGCCAGCCACACAUGAACAAGUUACCCCAACCGAUGGGGACAAGGUCCAAGCCAGCAGCCGGUUGGAUUCUAAGCCGGCUGCAUCUAUAACACACAAAGCUCCAGUGUCUAACUGCAAGAAAAAGGAUAAACUGUCUGACAGUGUGGGCAACAACAUCUGUACGGUCCCGGUGUCCAAUAACACAGCCAUGAAGGACACGACCAGGGACGGGAAUAUGACUGGGACUGUCAGCAAGGAGAAAGCCCACUAUAACUCAGUGAACGGAUGCCGGGAUCAUGUUCAGUACUCUGGAGAAAACGGGUAUACACACCACCACUCGGAUAAAAACAAGGACAGGAGUAAGGAGACGAGGCAGGACAUCCAGUUGACACCGGUGGGUGCUGAGCAGGAGAGACCUUUCCUUUCCCAGAGCAGCGACAGCAACCGCAUGUCCAUCAGCUCUGAUACUGAACUCCCUCCACUGCAUUUCCAUUCCCUAGCCGAACGCACCAACCCGUCCAUCAGCGAAGAGGAUGAAGUGUACCCUCCAACACCUCCGUGCAGGACUGAUAGCCUCAGCGAGGCAGCGGACUCUGUUUCCAAUGCAAAAACAGGCAACACAGCAGCUGUGAACGCAGCACAUAGCACGGACGCCUCAGGACUGACGUACGACUCUGUGAAAUACACCCUGGUGGUGGACGAGCACUCGAAGUUGGAGCUGGUUAGCCUAAAGCAGUGUUACCAAGGCUACGACAGCGACAGCGACAACACCGUCUACGAGUCGGCCGUUGACGACGACGACGAGGAUCGAGAUGUAGACGAGGACGAGGAAGAGUCAGGUGCAGGAGGAAUGAACAGGGACACUUCCGGUCUGUCCACAGACUCUGCCACCGACACCACGUCAGACAUGCCACGUUCGCGCAAAUUCCUCAACGUCUUCAUAAACAGACGUCCGCGCUUUCCUGGUGUGGAAUCCUUCGGCCUUUUCUCCUGCAUUAUCGAUGGUGAGGAGAGAGAGCAAAGCCACAGGGCAGUGUUCAGGUUCAUCCCGAGGCACGAGGAUGAGCUGGAGCUGGAGCCGGACGACCCACUGUUAAUGGAAAUGCAAGCUGAGGAUCUGUGGUGUGAAGCCUACAACAUGCGCACAGGCUCCAAGGGCAUUUUUCCAGCUUUCUACGCAGUUAAAGUCACCAAGGACAACCAGCCUAAAGAGGUCAAAAGUGACUGGCUAGACACCUUCUGGGUGAAAUUCCUGGGCUCUGUUCAAGUGCCAUAUCAUAAAGGGAACGAUGUGCUUUGUGCAGCUAUGCAGAAGAUCGCCACAAACCGAAGAACCAUGCAGUUCAACCCUCCGUCCAUGUGCAUCGUGGAGAUCAACAUAAGAGGAGUGAAGAUCAUCGUUCAGGACGAGUGUGAAGUUUCCGGAAGUGGUGAUAAGUACUGUCACUUCUUUCAGCUGAAGAACAUCUCUUUCUGUGGAUGCCAUCCAAAGAACAAAAAGUAUUUUGGAUUAAUCACCAAACACCCAGCACACCAGAGGUUUGCCUGCCAUGUGUUCUUCUCAGAGGAGCAUGCCGCAUAUCUGGCUGAAUCUGUCAGCAAAGCGUUUCAGCAGUUCUAUAAAGAACACAUGGAGUACUCCUGUCCCACAGAAGACAUCUUCCUUGAAUGACCUUUGUUCUGUCACGUACAUUUGGACUACUGUAUAUCUUAUUAUCUAAGGUGUUGCAUGAUGGGUCACAGAAAUCUCCUUAACAUGUCAUGCUACGAUGUUUAUGUCUAUUUUAGACGAAGCGUACGAUUAAAAAAGACACGACGUCUGUGUUUUUAGCUAAUGCAUCCCUUGAACAGCAAGAAAAAAACCCUUCACUGAUAAUUCCAACAUGCUCUUAAGUGAAAUUCAGAUUCUAAUCCAUAGAAAUCAGAGAAGAAAUUCUAUCAUUUUUCAGCAUUGUACCAAAUACACAGUGUCUGAGCUAAAAUAUGUAAAAACCUAAUCAAAUGGGUUUCUGUACAUUAUUAAAUCUUCUCUGGUUCUCGUGCACUUUGCUUAGAACAAUGGAACACAUGCUAGCAUGCUAGCAAAUGGUAACCAGCUAGCACACUAACAUUUUGUGCGUUUGUGCUAGCUUUUAGAAUCCUCGCAGUGUCACGGUGUCAGUCAUCCUCUGUUUUUCCAUUGUUUCGCACCAUGUUGUUGGAUGUCGUAUUCAGUGUGCUUCGUUAUUCAAAUCCAUCAAACUGUAUCAAUGCCUAAAAUGCAACCAGGCCAUGAAAUCUCCAAAUUUAUGUAGCCUUGACAACCAAAUGGUUUCCUUUUAUUUCGUUCAUAUACAGUUUGAAUGAAGUAUGCAUCAUAUACAGUGCAGGCCAUAAGAAGUCAGCUGAGAUCGAUAAAACACACCAACUCUGUGAAGCGUGGUAGUGGUAGUGCCAUGGCUUGGUCUUGUAUAGUUAAAGCCUAGUGGUCAGUGAGUCAGUGGACAAUUAUUAGCGUGCUAGCUUGCCAAUUUCAUUUCACUUUGGAUCAGUGACCUGAAGCACAAUGCUAAAGGAAGUUUUAAGUGUGAAAAUUUCUCCACAGAGCUGCAUUUCACUUCCUGAAGUCACAAAGCUUUAAAAAAGAAGCAGAACUGAAAAUUACUAAGCUACAUUUCCAAUCAACCAAUUAACACACCUGAAUAUUUUACAUGUUAAUUUCCUCAAUUAAUUUUCUGUCAAACAAGGUCCAGACUUAACAUAUUAUAAACAAAUACUGCCCAAAAAUAGCUGUGUUUUUAAACAACUACAAUUAAAUAUAGUUAGACUUACUCAGAACCUGUCAAACAUUCCUUAGUAAGGACUUCAUAACCAAUCUUGUAAAGAAGUUUAGCUUUUUAGCUAAUCUUUAAUUUCAGAAAAAUUAUUGUAAGAAAAAGAAAAUGUAUCAACAUUUUGUCCUCAAAGUUGAUGUUAGAAGCAGGAAAAAUGGACAAGUGUAAGGAUUUGAGCGAGUUUGAUGAAGGGCCAAAUUGUGAUGGCUAGACCACUGGAUCAGAGCAUCUCCAAAACUGUAGCUCUUGUGGGGUGUUCCCGGUCUGCAGUGGUCAGUAUCUAUCAAAAGUGGUCCAAGGAAGGAACAGUGGUGAACCGGAGACAGGGUCAUGGGCGGUCAAGGCUCAUUGAUGCACGUGGGGAGUGAAGGCUGGCCCGUGUGAUCCGAUCCAACAGACGAGCUACUGUUGAUCAAACUGCUGAAGGAGUUAAUGCUGGUUCUGAUAGGAAGGGGUCAGAAUACACAGUGCCGGACAGGUCAGGGCUGUUGUAGCAACAAAAAGGGGACCAACACAAUAUGGUCAUAAUAUAUAUAUAAAAUAUUUCAUUAAGGAACAGCAGACUUUUAAUACUUUAAUGUGUUUCAUCCCAUCAUUAGCAAUUGUUCUGGAAAUGUCUAGAAAUAAUAACAGUGAAAAAUGUUUUUUCUGUUUAGUGCUUCUCAGAAUUUUAACCGGUCAAUCACAAAUUCACAAAUUCUCUGUAACAAGUUCCCUGGUAAUGACCUCAUAACCCAUGGUGUAAUUCAGUUCAGCUUUUUAAACAUUUUUAUAGACGUUAGCGUUCUGUCUUACGGCAAACUAUACAAGACACUAAAAUAUGGUUUACUGCAAGCUACCAGUGUCAGCGCUCUGGUAUCUUGGCAUCGGAUAAACUUCCAAAUUCACUGAUAAUUCAUUGUCCAGUGUAUUAUAGGAUGCACAGUGACUUAUGGGCUGCACUGUAUGUUAAAAGUAUACAAUAAUUCAACAGCUAAAAUAUAUUAAUGAAAACAGAUUAAUCAUAUUUAAACAGAGGGUGAUGUACAGUGUUAAAUGUUUAAAAAUCCCUCUUACUAUUAUGAAAUAUGGUGACUAUCAUAUUUAUGGAAGAAAUAUACUGAGCUUCAGAGCAAAUGGUUUAUUGUAAUUGUACAUGUUACACAGGUUUGGAUUAGAACAGGUGAGUGUAGAAUGAAUUAAAGGGCGGAGCUACGCAAAUCUACGCCCGGUUUCUUUCUUCUUCUUUUUUUUUUAAAGCAUUUUGGAAUGAACACACCCUUACCAGCAUGUACUUUAAUCUGAACUGAAGCUUAACCACAAAGAGUAUGCAAUAUUUAACCCUUUGUGUGAGUGAGUGAGUGAGUGAGAGUGAGGGAAAGACAGAGGAAGAGAAAGUGAGUGAAUGAGGGAGGGAGGGCGAGAAAGAGUGUGUGUGAGUGAGAUAGAGAGGGAGAGAGAGAGAGAGAGAGAGAGAGAGUGUGAGUGAGUGAGAGAGUGGUUUGAAGAGUGUGUAUCUAGUUGAUCUUUUAGACAUCUAUUGUUCAAACUAAAGUGUUGUAAGGAAGUGGGUUAUUGGGAAUUCAGCACAUCACCUUGUCAAAAUAACCCAGUUUAAGCAAAUUCUGGAUCAAGGUGGGCGUGACAAAAACAGUGCUCAUGGAUUUUUAGAUGUUUAUUAUGAACAGUGAUGAUGUUUGGACCGUAUGUGUGUCCAGAUCAAUCCUGCAAAACCACAAGUUGUGCCUCUUCAUUUUGUUUGUUGUGUUGAUUGUACACGGUGUUUUUAUUUUUCUUUUUGGAUGAUCUUGACUGUACUAUGGAACUGGUAAAAAUUAAACUUGGUUUGUAAAUAUGUU